AUGGGCGAGACGGAGACCGGGGGGGAAGCGGCGGCGGAGAGGCCGGGACCUCCACCAGAGGAGCCGGUGCUGUGGAGCCCCGAGGUGGAAGUCUGUCUCUUCCAUGCCAUGCUCGGCCAUAAGCCCGUAGGGGUGAACAGACACUUCCACAUGAUCUGCAUCCGGGACAAGUUCAGCCAGAACAUUGGCCGUCAGAUUUCAUCAAAAGUCAUCUGGGAUCAUCUCCGUACCAUGUAUGAUAUGCAGGCUUUGCAUGAAUCUGAGAUCCUUCCUUUUCCAAACUCUGAAAAGAACUUUAUACUUCCUGAAGAGAUCAUCCAGGAGGUGAAGGAAGGUGAGAUCUUACUUUUCCUGUAUCGUUAUACAGUUUAA